GGAGAGGCUCGGUGAGAAAAGCUAUCUUUGGACGGCAGGGGAUAGGACCUGAUUCUGAGGGCAGGCAGACCCUGAGGAGUCCCAGGGCUCUGAGGAGAAUGGACAGUGAGGACUAGGGCCUGAGGGCGCUCUCUGCGACCGGGCUGCGGGACGUCGGGACGGAACCAGCGGGCGUGCGGAGCGAGCACAAGCGCAGAGAAAAAGCCCAGGGCGGGCAGCUAGCCCAGCGCGCGCCAACCGCUGAGGCGCUGCAAAGUCCACCCACCCGACGCCACGCCCGAUUUUCAUUGGCCUCUCUUAGCUCUCCGCCGACUGGCUACCUCUGGAUCCAAUUAGCCGGGCUUGAGCCCUACUUCCGGCGCUAGCGAGGUCCGCCCCUUAAGAAACCGGAAGAGCGCUUCUGCGCGCGCUUCCCAAAGUCUCAGCCGCUUGAGGACCUGUGGUGCGCGCCCAGAGGCUGUGGAGGGCAAGGGGAGGACAUCAUGGGGCAUCGCACCCUAGCCUCUGUCCCAGCUCUAUGGGCCUCCAUCCCCUGCCCACGCUCUGAGCUGCGCCUGGACCUGGUUCUGGCUUCUGGGCAAUCCUUCCGGUGGAGGGAGCAGAGCCCUGCACACUGGAGUGGCGUACUGGCGGACCGUGUAUGGACACUGACCCAGACUGAGGAGCAGCUCUACUGCACUGUGUAUCGAGGGGACACGGGCCGGGUUGGCAGGCCCACACUAGAAGAGCUAAAAGUGGUACGACAGUACUUCCAGCUGGAUAUCAGCCUUGCUCAACUGUAUCGCCAUUGGAGUACUGUGGACCCCCACUUUCAAGAGGUGGCUCAGAAAUUCCAAGGUGUUCGGCUCCUGCAACAAGACCCCAUCGAGUGCCUUUUCUCCUUCAUCUGUUCCUCCAACAACAACAUUGCCCGCAUCACUGGCAUGGUGGAGCGGCUCUGCAAGGCCUUUGGACCUCGGCUGAUCCAGCUUGAUGAUGUCACCUAUCAUGGCUUCCCCAGUCUGCAGGCCCUAGCUGGGUCAGAGGUGGAGGCUCAGCUCAGGAAGCUGGGCCUGGGGUACCGUGCCCGCUACGUGAGUGCCAGUGCCCGAGCCAUCCUGGAAGAACGGGGUGGGCUUCCCUGGAUGCAGCAGCCGCUGGCCCCCUACGAAGAGGCCCACAAGGCCCUCUGCACCCUGCCCGGGGUAGGCACCAAGGUGGCUGACUGCAUCUGCUUGAUGGCCCUAGACAAGCCCCAGGCUGUACCUGUGGAUGUCCACGUGUGGCAGAUCGCCCAACGUGACUACAACUGGCACCCCACUGCCACCCCCAAGGGUCCAAGCCCCCAGGCCAACAAGGAACUGGGAAACUUCUUCCGGAGCCUGUGGGGACCUCAUGCUGGCUGGGCCCAAGCAGUGCUGUUCAGUGCUGAGCUGCGCCAACCCCACCGAGCUCAGGAGCCACCAGCAAAGCGCAGAAAAAGAUGCACAGGCCCGGUAGGCUAGAUGGGGCCUUGGACAGAGGGAUUCCCCCAACACCUCUCCUAUCCAGUCUCAUGUUGGAAAGGGGGAUUCCCUGCAACUAUCUCAGGGGCCAGGCACCCUCAAAUCAAGCACAACAGUGUUGGGUGGGGGUUGUGUGUGGAGACAGAGCUACCUGUGGUUUUAAUUUCUUCCCUUUAUUAUAAGAAGGAACAAUAAAAUAGAAACAUUUGUAUGGAAAAGGCAGUGGAGGUAUGGUAGGCAAAGGGUUUCAGAGGGGGGUGAGGCAGGGUAACUCCCCAGUUUAUGGAGGGAGUGGGAGCAGGCCACCCCCAGGCCCUCCCACAUAGGGGAUCCCAGCCCCUAGAGCUGGGGGGGCAGUGUGGGAGACACUUCUGGACCUGGCUCCACGCAGCAGUCUCGACAGCAACAGCCAGCCGCAGAACCUGCUCAGGAAGAAAACACAGCCGGCUGUAGGAGCAGACCCUCUGCUUCAGCCUGGGCGUCUCUCUGUGGACCCCCCGCCCAUGCCCUUCCAGGGCCCUGGUCCUCACCCCCAGCUGCUGGUGUUAGCAGCUCCCCAUGGCUGGCCGUCUGUCCCUGCCCCUCCUGGCUGGUGCCCAGCUGUAGCUUCCUCAUGUGCCGCACCACAGCCGUGGCAUUGAAGGCUUGCUGCAGAGAGAGGGGGGUGUGAAGGGACUUCUGAGUUAGAGUGGGAGAUCAUGGGGCAGAGUCUGGUGGUAGAAUUCCUGCAGCAGUUCUGUUCUUUUAAUAUUUGUGAGCCCAUAAAACCCUCAAAACCUCUAAAAGCUUUAUUAAAUUAUAUUCAGCCAUAUUAUAUAUUUGCAACACAUACAUAUUUAUAAAAAUGUAUAUAGACAUGUAUGACUUUUAUAUACAAUGAAUUCAUAUUCACAUAAUAAACAGUAUAGCAUUAUGUAUCA